AUGAGGCGGGGCAAAAAGGCGGCGGUUCCGGCGUGUCCGCCUGUGUCCGCCUUUCGGCGCAAAGCCUCAGCCAAAGAGUCGGAAGCGUCUGGCGACCUCUCCUCUCCCGAGUCCUCCUCUGCCUCGGAGUCCAAUUCCCAGGGCGACCCUCUGCAGCUGCUGCGCCCUGACAGCAAGGCUGCCCCCGGCAAGGCUGAGGAGCCCCCGUCGCCCCCGGACAGCGAACCCCAAGAGCCGCCGCCGCUGCCUCCUUGCUCCUCAGACCUCCUUGACGUUCUCCACGGAACCCGCGUCUUCACCUUCCAGUUGGACGACAUGCUCAGCAUAUUCCGAUCCAUCCCCACGCAGAUGGACUACAAAGGCCAAAAACUAGCAGAGCAGAUUUUUCAAGGAAUAAUUCUUGUAUCUGCUAUAAUUGGAUUUAUUUAUGGAUACAUCACUGAGCAAUUUGGCUGGACAGUUUACAUAGUAAUGGCUGGAUUUGCUUUAUCAUGCCUGCUAACACUUCCUCCAUGGCCCAUGUACCGUCGCAAUCCUCUGAAGUGGCUACCUGUCCAGGAAUCCAUAAGCGAUGAUAAAAAGCCAGCAGACAGGAAAGUAAAAAGACACCCUAAAAACUGAAAACCUAUGUAUUUGUAUCACUUUCUGUCAUUAAAUUUGGUUUAAAAGACUA